CUUACAUUCUAAAUUGAAUGUCACACCACAGAAGGCAGAAGCUGAAAAGCAGGGGCAGUGAGUGUUCUAAUUUUAUUUCUAACAAUGCUUCCUGUUUUUGACAUUUGCUACUCAGAAGCUCAGUACAAUUAGGGACAGCACAUUACCGUGGCUGCUCACCAGUUAGAGAAAUCUGUAGCUAAUUUAUAAACCUUGUAUUAGUGGACAGACUAAAGGAACACCAUCUAUUAUAAAAACAGAGUGGUUGUCAUGUUGGGAGAAGCCUUCAUCAGAGUCUUCAGGUACAGGGAAGAGGAUUGUGACCCCGAUUCCACAAAGGCUCAGGAACGUCCACCACAUCCUGCCCCCAAUAUAAUUCUGACCCCAGGUUCAAUGUCAGGAAACAUGGAAGGUCUGGUGCAGUCUGAUCCUAGAGUGACAACCAGGCUCAGUCAUGCCCUCACCAUCCCCAAUAGCCACUGUGAUGACUAUGGUGACCUGGAGCUCUAUCGCUCCUGGUGCUGCACCACCUUCUGCAAAGACUACCCCGACCUGCAGCUCAGAGGGGACCAUGUGGGAAACAGGAGCUCAGAGAGCCCGCGGCUGGAGAAUGAGGGGUUCGAAGGACCACUUCUUCAAUCUCAGGACCUGGGAGAGCUGGAGGCCUUGGAACCCACAGGGCCUGUGGAGCCUAGGGUGCAGGUAGAAUCCCAGCCCCUGCAGGAUGAGGGUUGCCUGGUCAUGGACAGCAGCAUCAUCACCCUGAACAGGGAGCCUCUAUCCAAUUCCAUGCUGAACGGCUAUCUGGAGAGUAAGCUGCUGGAGGUGUACAGCCAGCACAUGCAGGACAGCCUGGCCCGGGGCAGCUCUCCCCUGGUCCAGACACCUCCCCAGGGCCUGAUACCAGCCCCAGUAAUGCAGCUCAGCCUGUAUCUCUGUCAGGACCACGGCCUGGACUCCAGUACGGCCCAGAGCAUCGUCAUCCACUACCUUAGCACCUACACCGUGGCUAGCUCCCACUUCAGCUCCCCCAACCUGCGCAUCUCCAACCCUGAGCCUAGAAGAAAGCCCACCUGACUGAAACCAGCAGUAGUUUCACUUUGUCCUCCAACUAACAUACUUGACAAUGGUCUACAGUUUUAGUUUCGUUUUCUCUGUACUGAAUCUGUAUACUUGGUGGUCAGUUCUAUUUCAUUCGGUUCAAUAGGUAAAUUAAAUUGAUAGUUUGGGAUGGAGAUCCCUUCAUUUUGUUGAAUUGUUAGAAGAAAUAUCUUUAGAAAAUGCCACAAUGUCCAUAAUAUCUACUUCAUAAAUGCAACCAGUUCCUAUAAUGUAAUACUUGGGAGCCUGAGACAAUCCCAAGCUUUCAAGUUGAAGGACAAAGAGGAGACAAACUGUAAGGUGAGGGAUAACUUAGUCCUUGUAAGCUUCUUGUUUCUGAGAAAUGAUUCCUCACAGAUAUUGCAAAUCUGAAAUUAUAUUGUCAUAACCACAGACUAUUACUAAACAGUAAAAAAUAGCUAUUUUGCUAUCUUGGUUGUCAGAAAGAGUUGGAAAAUAUUGACACCUGCUGUCAUACAUAAACAUUGCAUGUUAACUGCAAGUGUCACAUAACAUUUUGACAAGAAAGCACAUUACACACAUCGGUGUCAGAUCAACAUAUCAAGCUCUGCCAAAUUUGAAACGCUUUUUAAUCUUAGAUGCAACUGACUGAAUAGAAUACAUGAAUAUGCUAAAGAACACCUUCCUACUAUUCAGUUGCACCCUCCACCCCCCUUUGCUCUAAGAACAGUCUCAAUUCAUUGGGGCAUGGACUCUACAAGGUGUCGAAUGCAUUCCACAGGGAUGCUCACCCAUGUUGACUCCAUUGAUUCCCACAGUUGUGUCAAGUUGGCUGAAUGUCCUUUGGAUGGUGGACCAUUCUUGAAACACACAGGAAACUGUUGAGUGUGAAAAACCCAGCAGCGUUGCAGUUCUUAAAACAAGCAGGUGCGCCUGGCACCUACUACCAUACCCUGUUCCAGGGCACAAAAAUAUUUUUUCUUGCCCAUUCACCCUCUGAAUGGAACACAUACACAUGCCAUGUCUCAAUUGUCUCAAGGCUUAAAAAUCCUUCUUUAACCUGUCUCUUCCCCUUCAUCUACACUGAUUGAAGUGGAUUUAACAAGUGAUACUAAUAAGGGAUCAUAGCUUUCACCUGGAUUCACCUGGUCAGUCUAUGUCAUGGAAAGAGCAGGUGUUCUUAAUGUUUUGUCCACUCAGUGUAUAAAAGUAUACUAAACAUAAGGUGCAUAUCAGACACUUUCUGGUUUAGCCAUGACAGGUUGUUAUUUUACCUCUGAGGAGGCCUAUCCAUCUAGAUCACUGUCAAUCAUAUCAAGUGACUCAGGUGGGUAGCUUCAUUUCAGAAAUCCCCCCCUUAGGCAUCAAAGGCAGGGAUGUAUGACUGGCAAGGUUUAUGUGAGUGUGACUAUAUGAUAGCAUGUGCUAGAAAUGCAUGCAUUUUUAUUUUAGAUGGGUGCAUCUCAUGUGAAAACCAGUAUCGAGUGACUUUAAGCAUGGUUAGUAUAUGCUGCUUGGGAGAGGAUUAACAGUAAACCGGUGUGUGUGGGGAGCAAGUGCCAAUGCCACCACUUCACACCCUGUCGGGAGCCACUGGGUCAUACACCAGCCAAGCCAAGGACUAUUAGCAUGGCACAGUUAGAGCAGCAUAGGAGUGGGUAAUGGUCAAUGAUUAUGGUGCCCAUGCCUCUGAUAAUUUACCAGAACCAAAUGUUCAUGUUUAUGAAUUUCGAUGCCAUUUUACACCAUAUAGUGAGACGUAUGGGGAGACUUCAAUAAAGAUACAAGAAAUGGGCAGAUCUCCAAAGAGUUAGUAAUAGGCUUAGCAGGGAAAGAUGUCAUCAUCACCCAGCACAGUGAGGACUGAAUUAUUAACCAUAUCCUGGUGGGACUCAGUGGAAGGAAGUUCGAGGGCCUGUAGUGAUGUGUUGUGCAACAGAAUCAUGUAGUGUGCUCACACCAUAUAUAGUUGAUUGUAGUUGUAGUAGUUAUUUUGGCUAUAGGUCGAAUACCUACAAAAUGUGUCUUUUCCAUAUAAUAAAACAUGGGAACAUCAGAAAGAAAUGAUAAGCACAUACCCCAGCAUUUGUCAUGAUGUGGUUUUACAGUAACUGAGAUAUUUGUAACUAACUGAAAAAAAAGACUGUCAUUCAAUUGUAUCUUGCAUGUUUUGUUUGAGUCAUUACAUCAAUGUAAAUUGCAGGGU